AUGGAAUCCUCAGUGGCAGCCGAUCUUGUUAAUUUCUUGAAUGCCUCUCCAACAGCUUUUCAUGCAGUCGAGGAAGCCAAGAAGAAGUUAAGAAGUGCAGGGUAUGAACAAAUAUCAGAGAGAGAGGACUGGGUUUUACGAGUUGGCAAGAAAUAUUUCUUCACCAGGAAUCACUCCACUAUUGUUGCUUUUGCUAUUGGUGGAAAAUAUGUUGCAGGGAAUGGAUUUUAUAUAGUUGGUGCUCACACUGACAGUCCCUGCCUGAAAGUAAAGCCAGUUUCAAAGGUAUCGAAAGGUGGGUUUUUGGAACUUGGGGUGCAAACCUAUGGAAGUGGCUUGUGGCACACAUGGUUUGAUCGUGAUUUAAGUAUUGCCGGGAGAAUAAUAAUUAGAGAACGGAAAGAUGGUUCAGAAUCCUACUCACACCAGCUUGUCAGAAUUAAGGAGCCCAUAAUGCGAAUCCCUACACUGGCAAUUCACUUGGACAGAGGAGUUAACGAUGGAUUCAAGGUGAACACACAGAGUCAUCUUGCUCCAGUAUUGGCUACAUCAGUUAAGGCUGAGCUCAACAAACCAGUUGCUGAGAAUGGUUCAGUUGAAAAUGAAGUUCCAACUGAUGGGAAGAAGAUCAAGGAAACAAAAGACAGUCAAAAGCAUCAUUCCCUUCUUUUGCAGCUUAUUGCAGCUCAGACAGGUUGUGAACCAGAUGACAUAUGUGAUUUUGAAUUGCAAGCAUGUGAUACUCAGCCAAGUAUUAUUGCUGGUGCCAUGAAGGAAUUCAUUUUCUCUGGAAGACUAGAUAAUCUCUGCAUGUCAUUUUGUUCUUUAAAGGCAUUGAUCGAGUCGACCUCCUCUGAAAGUAGUCUCCAAGAUGAGAUUGGUGUAAGAAUGGUGGCCUUGUUCGAUCAUGAGGAAGUUGGAUCCUCUUCAGCACAAGGAGCUGGAUCUCCUGUCAUGUUGGAUGCUUUAUCACGAAUAACAAGUUCCUUUAGCUCAGAUACAAAGUUGCUACCAAAAGCAAUUCAGAGGAGUUUCCUGGUCUCAGCUGACAUGGCUCAUGCCUUGCAUCCUAAUUAUAUGGACAAACAUGAAGAGAAUCAUCAACCUAAAAUGCACAGUGGGCUAGUCAUUAAGCACAAUGCAAAUCAACGAUAUGCAACCAAUGCAAUUACUUCCUUCGUGUUCCGGGAGAUAGCAACCAAGCACGGUCUUCCUAUACAGGAUUUCGUGGUUCGCAAUGACAUGCCCUGUGGUUCAACCAUUGGUCCCAUUUUGGCAAGUGGUGUAGGCAUUCGCACAGUUGACGUUGGAGCUCCUCAAUUGUCAAUGCACAGUAUUAGAGAAAUGUGUGCAGUUGAUGAUGUUAAGCAUUCAUACGAGCACUUCAAGGCGUUCUAUGAAGAGUUCUCGCAAUUGGAUGCAAAAAUUACUGUAGACAUCUAG